UCGGAGAAAUGAAGCUUCAUUAAGAGAAGAAAGAAGAGAGGAAGGGGCCAACAAGGCGAAAGGAAUAAAUCAUUGAGAAGAGUCACCACCGAAGACGUCCAAGCUGAAUUCCUCGGGCCUGCUGACUAUGCCCCAAAGCUCCACCUCCAGUGAGGAUGAGAUGGCCCAGAGCUUUUCCGACUACUCUGAUGAUUGUGCCUCCGAGAGCUCCCGUGAAGAAACCAUCUAUGAGACCAUAAGGGCCACUGCAGAGCCAUCGCAGAACCGCAUGGACGACAUUCACACGAACUCACUGGUUGUCCGUGUCUUGAUCCCUGACUUGCAGCAGACAAAAUGCAUGCGCUUCAACCCGGAUGCAACGGUCUGGGUUGCCAAGCAGCGGAUCCUUUGUACACUUAAUCAGAGCCUGAAAGAUGUGCUGAACUAUGGGCUUUUCCAGCCAGCUAGCAAUGGGAGAGAAGGCAAGUUCCUGGAUGAAGAACGCAUCCUCCGAGAAUACCCCCAGCCAAUCAGCAAGGGCGUCCCAUCUCUGGAGUUCCGAUACAAGAGCAGAGUCUACAGACAGCCCAAUGUCGAUGAGAAACAGAUCGCCAAACUUCAUACAAAGGCCAAUCUGAGGAAGUUCAUGGACCUUGUUCAGCAUAAUCAAGUGGACAAAGCGGCCAAGAUGUUGGAAAGAGGCUUUGAUCCCAACUAUCACGAUAGUGACACUGGCGAAAGCCCAUUGACAUUUGCAGCUCACCUGGACAAUGCGGGCGAGAUCAUAAAGGUGCUGAAGAAUGGAGGAGCUCAUUUGGACUUCAGGGCAAAAGAUGGCAUGACUGCUCUUCACAAAGCUGCAAGGUCGAAGAACCAGUUUAUACUCAUGACGCUGCUAGAAUUGGGAGCUUCUCCAGACUACAAGGACAGCCGGGGACUCACUCCCCUGUAUCACAGUGUGGUGGUGGGUGGGGACCCAGGCUGCUGCGAGCUUCUACUGAACCACCACGCUUCUGUGUGUUGCCAAGAUGAGAACGGCUGGCAUGAAGUUCACCAGGCUUGCCGUCAUGGCCAUGUGCAGCACCUGGAGCAUCUGUUGUUCUAUGGAGCAGACAUGAGCGCCCAGAAUGCCUCGGGAAAUACUGCUCUACACAUCUGUGCCCUAUACAACCAGGAUAACUGUGCCAGAGUGCUGCUAGUUCGUGGAGCUGACAAGGAAGUAAAGAACUACAACAGCCAGAGUCCUUUUCAGGUCGCCAUUAUUGCUGGAAACUUUGAGCUUGCUGAGCUCAUCAAGAACCACAAAGAGUCUGAUAUAGUGCCUUUCCGUGAGGCUCCAGCCUACUCCAAACGCAGAAGGGGUCCAUCUUCUGGCGACGGCAGCGGAAACGGCCAAUCGCCCUCUUCGUUAUCAGCGCCACGGGUCCUUCUGCGCUCCAACAGCGAUAACAACCUAACAGUCAGUCAGUACCAGCAGCAGCAGCACGGUUCUCCUGGCAACUGGGCCCCCCAUCUGCAGCAGCACCAACACGCCCAGCACCAAUCACACCGGGCGCCCCAGCAGGGUCACUCACAGCCUGGCUCCUCAGCAUUACAUCGCAGCCUGUCGCCCCAGCUGCUCCAGCAGAUGCCCAGCGGCAGCCCCAAUGGCAAUGUGGUGGUUCGGACCAUGGGGAGAGGUGCGAGGAGCCGGUCACCCUCCCUCAGCCGGCUGGGGGAGGAGGCCAGACGGGCUGCACCUUCACAGCGCCAACCAAGCCCCAGCAGUCAUGGAGAGGCAGUUGGAACCAGAAGGAAGCUGUACAGUGCAGUUCCAGGAAGACACUUCGUAGUGGUUCGUUCGUAUACAGCCCAGGCCGAGGGGGAGAUUAACCUCUACAAGGGCGACAGGGUCAAAGUUCUGAGCAUCGGAGAGGGGGGUUUCUGGGAGGGCAGUGCCCGUGGCCAGGUGGGCUGGUUUCCAGCCGACUGCGUGGAGGAGAUCCCAGCCAAAGCCACAGAGGAGAGGAACUAUUCCCGAGCAGACCGCGCUGACAGACGGAAGCUCUUCAGGCACUACACUGUGGGCUCCUAUGACAGCUUUGAUGCUUCAAGUGACUGCGUGGUGGACGAGAAGACGGUGGUGCUGCAGAAAAAGGAGAAUGAGGGAUUUGGCUUCGUCCUGCGUGGGGCAAAAGCGGAUACGCCCAUUGAGGAGUUUACUCCCACACCUGCCUUUCCAGCCCUGCAGUACCUGGAGUCUGUGGAUGAGGGAGGAGUGGCAUGGCAAGCAGGACUUAGGACGGGGGACUUCCUCAUCGAAGUGAACCAGGAGAAUGUGGUGAAGGUGGGCCAUCGACAGGUGGUCAACAUGAUCCGCCAGGGAGGCAACCGGCUCCUGAUUAAGGUGGUGACAGUGAGCCGGAAUCUGGACCCCGAGGACACAGCACGCAAAAAAGCUCCUCCACCUCCAAAGAGAGCCCCCACCACAGCCCUGUCAAUGCGCUCAAAGUCGAUGACGUCUGAACUCGAGGAACUCGCCACUCUAAGGAAAAAGAAAGGUGACAAAGUAGAAGAGAUGACCCAUGCCCAGAAGACAUCACCUGUUGACAUGAAGAUAGCCACAAUUAAACCACGCCCAUCCAGUCGCUGCUUGGUUACGCCAACUGAUAUGAAUUCCUUGUAUCAUGACCGCCAAGGAGUAGCUGUGGUGCCACCCACUGUGCCAGGAGCCUUCCUGGGGAUACCUGAGAAGGGCACUAUGAAAAAGCAAAAGUCCAUAGGUACAUCGGAGGAUGAGAAACAGGGAUUCCUCACACCUCCCCUACUCAAGUUCUCACGCAGUCUCUCUAUGCCUGACACCUCAGAGGACAUCCCUCCUCCCCCAGCCAUUUCACCCCCUUCACCACCUGCCUACAACUCAGCUGCUGGACCUACACCCAAGAGCUAUGGCACAACACGACCAAGCUUUACCCAAAACUCGCCCAAUGCAGUGACGACCAUAAGCCGGACCACCGACGUCGGUACGUUGAGGCGUGGCUAUUUCCGUCAGAGCUCUGAGCACUUUGAGAGCACACGAACUCGGGGGCGUACGCCAGUGCCUGAGAACCCGUAUUCAGAGGUGGGCAAUAAGACGCUGUAUGUGCCAGCAAAACCAGCCCGAAGGAAGGGUAUGUUAGUAAAGCAGUCUAACGUGGAAGACAGCCCAGAGAAGACGUGUCAAAUGCCAACAAGUCCAUCAGGCCCAGUUUCCAUGCCUACUACGCCUGUAGAAAGAACAUGCUCCUCUAUCCCUAUUCCCACCAUCAUUGUAAAGGAGCCAUCCACUAGCAGCAGUGGCAAGAGCAGCCAGGGUAGCAGCAUGGAAAUUGAGCCCACAACCCCUGAACACCCGCCUCUCACACCUGCUGUCGGUGGAAGUGGAGGUUUACGCCCUGAAGACCCCCUUUCACUAAGCAACCCCUUUGCAGCAGCUAUUGCUGGAGCAGUACGGGACCGCGAAAAGAGGCUCGAGGCAAAAAAGAACUCGAUUGCCUUCCAGUCAAUAGAUAUCGGAGAUGAUGACUUGAGUGGUCCCACGCCAACCCCUCGCCUUCGCCAGUCCAAGUCCAUCGAUGAAGGCAUGUUUAGCAGCGACGAGCGUCUUCAAAGGAUAUUAGCCCCUCCUUUGGCAAAGCAGCUCGGUCGCCCUGUUGGUGGCGGUAGUGGAAAUAUGACAGAUUUCAACACUCCUGAGCCCACAGUUGUUCGGGAGCCACUAAACACUAGAACAGGGCAGUGUCCCAACCUGGACAGUCCUGUUAGCCUCCCAUCCACUCCUCCUAAGAGCCACUACAGGGCCAAUGGAACCUACCUCCAUCCUGUCACUGGCAAGCCGUUGGACCCUAAUUCUCCACUAGCUCUGGCCCUUGCAGCUCGUGACCGGGCCAUGAAAGAGCAACAAAACCAUCCUCAGAAUCAGUCCCAAAAUAAUCCUCAGGUUCAACAAACCCCCAAGCAUGAAGCCCAGUCCCUGCCAGUUCAGCAAAGUCACAAACCUGACCUCAACCAGCCUCUAUUUAUUGACACCAAACUCCGCUCUGGAAUCGAGACGAGUUUUGCUGCAAUCUCCACGGCAACAAUGGGACGGCCUGGCCGAGGUGGCCUUCAAAGACAAAUGACGGAGCAGAAGUACGAGUCUGAUGGAGCACGGGAAGAGCGGCAGCAUCAGGCACUUGAAGAGAGGAAAAGCGCACCAGCAGAUGUGGCAGACACAUCACAGCCCAAGUCAGCUGGAUUACUGAUGGUUCACACCAGCACAGACGUAAGCAACAAGGUGAACAACCAAGAGGCCGAGGGGCAGGACAGCAACCGACCGUCUGAGCUGAAAGAUCCAAACCAGCCUGAUCCUCUUAGUUCUUCAACACUGUCCACUCCACAGCCACCCACAUCAAGGAGGAGGAGCAUUCCUUUAGGCGAAUCCAUGGACGAACCUGUAAAACUGCCCUUUCGCAUCCCUCCUCCCCCUCUGGCCUCAGUUGACAUUGAUGAAGAAUUUGAGUUCUCAGAACCCCUCCCCCCACCUCUGGAGUUUGCAAACAGUAUUGACAUUCCUGAUGACCAGGCUAGUGCCAUUGCAGAGAUGAUUCAGCAACAGAGACGGAAUGGGGGGCCUUCUCUACCCCCAUACCACCCUCAUGCCCCACCACCUGUCACUGAUCAACACAGAAGGUUGGCAAACAAUAUGCCCCCCUCGUAUGCCCCUCCACCAGACCCAGAAUCAGGGGUAGGUGACUCAGGCAUUGAAGAGGUGGACAGCCGCAGUAGUGGGGAUCCUCAGCACAUGGAGACCACCAGCACAGUGUCUAGCAUCUCCACCCUGUCAUCAGAAGGAGGCUUCUGUGACAGUGCUUUGGAGAGCCUCUAUGCCACUGCAGACGGUCACGCCUUCCUGGUGGAUCGGCCCCCUGUGCCACCAAAGCCCAAGAGCAAGUCCGUCAUUAAUAGAACGUCACUUUAUCACGACGCUCUCAUUGAAGAGCCACCAGAGUCUUAUGGGUCACCUCCUCAGGCCCCUCUCCCUCCUCCCUCGUCUUCUGAACCUCCUAGGACUCCUACUCAAAGGACCUCCAAGCUGUGGGGUGAUCAGCCCCCUGAGCUACGCAGCCCCCCAUCCACACCAGACUCCAAGAACACAGUUAUCACUGAGCUGAGCACCAUUCUACAGCAUAUGAAUCGCGACAGGCCAACCAAGCCAGGAGAAAGCCUUGACUCCCCAACAGGCACCAGAGGGGGCUUCGGAACAAGGCCUCCUACCGAUGACUCAGGAAUGCGUAACAAUGCUGCCGCCGCUACCACCCUCACCUCCACCCCUCCCAGCAGUCUCCCAUCCCAGACGCACCCCUGCAGCCCUCCAGACUCUGCGUCCUCCCUCACCCCCUGCUCUUCACUGCCUCCCUCUGUGUCGCCCACCCUCACAGACGUCUUCGGCCUGCCAACCCCACCUUUGGGCAGCGGCGGCGGCUACAGCCUGAGCUCCUCGUGUGGCGGCAGCGGGAGCUCGCGCUCUCCAUCUCCACUUACGCUGAUGCAGGCCGUGGCAGCCUCAGGCAAGCCUUUCGCCUCCAAACCCAUGGAGCUGUGGAGCAAGCACGACGUGGCGGACUGGCUGGAGAGUCUCAACCUGGGGGAGCACAGGGACGCUUUCCUGGACAAUGAGAUCGAGGGUGCUCAUCUGCCCUCGCUGCAGAAGGAGGACCUGAUAGACCUGGGCGUGACAAGAGUGGGCCACCGCAUGAACAUCGAGAGGGCCCUCAAGCUGCUGCAGGACAGACAAGCCCCGAGGUGACGGGCUGGCGACGUGUGGAGUCAGGGCCAAGGAGAGGGAGGUGUCACGAAUCACUUUUACCAAUCUCUUCAUCAGACAUAAUCUCAAGACGUGGAACCGGGUGGAAGUUUUGUCCAAGCUGAUGCUGCCUCUUGCUGUGUUUGUCUCCUCCCAUCCUCCGCUGUCGGCCUCAUCUCAGUGCUCCAGUGUUGUUCGCCCUCUUCCUGCUUCCCACUGUCCUGAGCAUCAGGGGAUCAUGGGAUGUUUGGGGGAGAAAGAAGAGAAUAGCUGCUAUGUCAAAUCAAGGCAAGAGAAAGGAGGACAGUAUGUGGGACUGUAAAGAAAACAACAUAUUCUGGAAACACUGGGAAAAAACACUUGUCUGGAAGUUUCUUCACACAAAGACUCGUGGUCACCUGACUGCUUUGGAUACUCAAGACUUUUUCCAUACACCCCGGUGUGGGUGCAUGAAAACCCAGCUGAGCUGGUCGUUGCUCCUUUUCUAUCUUUGCUAGAGUUUGUUCAGAGAAUAUUUCUUCACUAGAGUCCUACCGGAGUUAUAUUUCUGGGUGCAUCUAAGGUUGUAGAGAACAAUUUGAGAUAGACUUCAUUUUUGUUCUUUUUUGUUCUUUUUUGCUUUUCACCUGUUUGUGUCAAAACAACAGCAUUUGCUGACAUGUUUAACUAGUACUAAACCAUAUCCACACACACACACACACACACACACACUUUUUGCACAGUGCCACAAGCUGACGAAUGAGAUUUCACACAGUCUUUACAUCCUGAGCACUUACACACGUAUAGUUACUGCGAUGGCCUUCUUCCCUGCAAAGAUCAAAGUGUGGAGAGGGGUGGUCACCAGAGGAGGAGCUGCGCCCGAGCUGGGUCCGUGAAGUCCUACGGCAGUCCGCACCUACUCGGUGUCCACCUCGUGACUCAAGAAAAACCAAGGUGAGGAUGCAAGAUGGACGUACAAAUGUUGGAACAGGAAAAUGGUUGUGCCAGCUUCGCUGAGAGUGCGUCCUUCUCCUCUCUCGGUUUUUCCUUUCCUACUUCUGUGUGCAUGUGUGUGUGUUAAUAGUUCACCCAAAAUAUCAUUAAGGUCCAUUUAACUAUUUCUAUGAAUCUGCUAUAUAGGGCACUUAUAGGGAAACUAAAAGUGUUACUUUUUGAUAUUUUUACCAUCAAAUCUUCUUCCACCUCACUUACAGCAGGUCGGCACCUGCCCACAGUAUGGCCCACAGUAACGCUAACGUACCAGACACCCUGUGUGUAAGUGGUAGAACAGAGUGGUUAUUACACUGUGUGUUUCUAGGAUUCGUGCAUUAUUUUGGGAAAUCCACUUACUCGCUUUCUUGCUGUGAAAUAGAAAGAUCAAUAUCGCUCUCUUACUGGUUGCUGAGAGCUGGAGUGAAAUGCAAAACCUGUUUUAUGCACACUUUCAAUGAGAGCAGAAGAUAUGACACAUCGAUACGCAUAAAUACACAUUUAUUCAAACAAAGGAAAACUAUCAACCAAAAAUCUAGCCCCAAAUGAUGCGUGUGGUCUAAACCUUACUAAGCUUCCACUGUGUGGGACGAUGAGAAGAUGGUCAAGUUUUUCUCAUGAGUUUGACUUUCAACUGGAACUUUGUCAUUUCAAGAGAGAGACUGUCUUUCACAAACUAGUACCAACUAAUACCAGUUUACUAUGAAGACCAGUGUCUGCUCAGCUUUGCUACUUUGUUAAAUGUACUGCAGAUAGUGCUGACAGGAUUCUUACACUGGAUCCAAGCUAGGGAGCCAUCAUCCUGUAGUUUGUUUAUAUACAUUUCCCUUGUUUUUACUGGUCCUUAGUAGGAUAUAACACCGGACAGCAGUAAUGCACCUACAGGCUGUUUGCAUCGUUAAAUCACAAAAAUGAGAGAAGGCCACCAGAGGCCUGUACUGUGAAGCAGGAUUUUAGGCCAUCCAAGUAACUUCUGGGUUAACUCUUGGUUUUCUGUAGUGCAAAGGUGGUUGACAUCAUACUGGGGUACAUCGCUAUGGUAACUUACGAUGUCCACCUAAGUCAUUGACUACUGACCAAUCAAUACUCCAGAAAAUAGCAGGAUCCCUCUGACCUCUACAGGCAGAGUAGGAGGGACUAAAGUCUUUCAGCAGUGCCUACCCAUAUGGAAAAGAAAUAGUAAAAACUUAUAUGAUUUACUCAUGAAACUGGCCACUUUCUCAUUACUUUCAUAUAUUGUUUUAGUAAGUAUCCAAAACAUACAAGUUUCAUUAUAUAAUUUUUCAAGGGAUCUUAUAUCUGUUUUCACUCUUGUAUGCUUUUCAUACAAGUUUCACACAAGACAGAUACAAACUUUAUAAGAUUUAUAUAUAUCUUUUCCAUAUGGGUAAUGUCUCUGCGCUUCCCUGAUGAUUAUCAGAAAUAAAUAUAGAUUUGUAGAUAUAACUUUAUAAUUGAAUGUUUUAUCCGUCAGCAGCAUCCUAAAACAGGACACCUACACUGUACUUGCUGUCCUCAUAUGACAUCUCUGCACAGAUUAAGCCUUUGAACUGUUUUUAUAUUUAAUCUCUCAAACCCCUUAAACAGCACGGAGUCUGCAGCUGAAAGAAUAAAAACUAAAACUGUCAGGAGAAGGUUACAGACUGUAGAUUCUCUGCUGGGGAAAUACAUUUUACAUGUGCAGCUUGUUAAGCUGGACCUACAACCACAGAAUGAAGCGUAAACUUUCCCAUUGUCCCACGAAUGUGCACAUAUUAAUUUGGUGAUUUAGAAAAUGUGUAAAAUGUUGUUAUACUUGAUUCUGAUCUGCUGCGAGAUAUCUUUUGCAGCUACUGGAAUGAAGAUCACCCAACAAGAGCACCUGUUCAACCAGUCAGAUUCAUUUCUCCUUUAUCAGGCUGUGGGCAGUAACAUUUAAUGUUUAAAUGACUCCUGUGUAAAGUUUCAGAUCUUUAAAGUGCACCUUAAAAACAAACAGCAGCAUGGAGAGAGCGUUCAGGAAUAAUAUAAAUGUUACAGCUGUGUGCGAGAAAUCACCAGAUUUGUGAUUUGUAGCACUGAUGUCCCAUCUUAUUUGCAGCAAUGUUGCAUUUGCUGUUAGAUUUUUAUCAUCAUCUGAUUGGUGUGGGUGACACUCACAGGGAUCGUUUUGUGUGGAAGAAGACUCAUAUAUGACCAGUGAAAUGCUCCUUUUAGAUUGCUCAAAUGCUGCCAACACCACUCCUUUCAUAUAACUGUGCUGAUAAAACCCUAAAUUAGUUUUGGCAGUUGAUAACCAGCUUUGAGUGACCACUUAUCCUCAUUGCUAAUGUUAGGAUGAGUGAAUCCACAUAAUGGAAAGUUGGUUGUGUAGAACUUGCUGUGGUACAGGGCCCAGGUGUUCUAGCUCAAUACCAGAUACUGGACUGGUAAAUCAUCUGUCUGGUAAAGUGUUUGCUUUAUGAGACAGACAUGCUGGAAGCAUUACGCUUAAUCCAAAGAUUAAGUCAGAAUACUCACGUCAGUUACUAGUGAAUAUCAGUAUUUUGACUUUAAAUGUUAUUCCUAUUUAGAGCACACACGUGUUUCUAGAUCACUGAAGGAUCAUUUUUUCUGUAUUAUAAAAACAAAAAAGGUUUCAUACAUAUUGGACUAAACAUACACGGACACAACACAUUGGUAUCCAAUAAUAAUCAGUUGGAAUAUCACGUGAUUCUGUGUAGAAAAGGACAUUUAGAAACAAUGUUUCUCUUUUACAACUGCAUUUACAGCUUUAGAAGGUGUAAACAGUAAAAAGUCAAACUCAGGUACACUAACUAAAUUGCUCAGUUGCAGAAUGCAUUGACCUAUAGAAGUAGAUAAACUGAGAUGUUCAUGCAGUUCUCUGUGCAAAGAGUGCAAAGUAGGUUAGCUUAGCAUGAAGUCGAGCCACAGGUUGUGAAAAGAUUUGUUGGUUAGGACCUUUAUCUUGUCUUUGAUUGUUGAGGUGGAUAUUUCUCCCUGAGCUCGACUCACAGACAGAAGACUGGUACAGAUUUUCUUCCUGGAAGAAAGCGGUGUGUGUAUUUCCCAAAAUACUGAGCUGUUUAAGGUUCUCACUGGAUGGCGUUUUGUUGCGUUUGAAUCCAGUGUGAAAUCCUUUACAAACAUUCUUUUGUUUACUUUUGAACUUUUACAUGUUUGAAUAUACCAGAAUGCUUUAAGCAAACUAAUGUUUAAGAACUUCAAUUCAGUGAUUGGUAUUUCAAAAGCUACGAUAAGUAACAUAUUUUUAUGGAGCAAAAAAAGAUCAUUGAAACAUUUUGUAUGCUGUUUUUUGCUUAUGAGGAAAAUAAUAAUAAACUGUGUGCAUUUGGUUAACUUGAGUUCAAAUCUGACCAGAUUCAAAAUGGAAAAACUGGAACAGUCCUUCGUGGUGGCAAGCAGCACUAAAGCAAAGUCACCGACUCUGGCAACCCUGAAACCAGACUAUUUGUCUUUAGGGCGUAACAGGACACUUUCUUCUAAAUGUCCUUAACUGCAAGCUGGAGUCAGAUAUCAUCGAAUCACGCUGAACCAUUUUCGAGCUUUGGGUUUUACAUAAUUAUGUGUUCACAUUGCCAUCUCCUACAUUCUAACCACUGUGCAAGAAACGGAGAAUAAUCACUUGACCAAGCCAGCACGCGGUCAUCAGUGUGAGCCCGGCGUGAGAGCAGACAGGGAUAGAAAACUGCCGCUCGAGUCGAGUCCCAUAGUUUCACCGCAGCAGAGGCAGCAGAGGCAGGAUUCAGACCGAGGAUCCAGUUUAAACCCAAGUCAGACGAUGCGUUUGCUAGCAGUGAUAACGGGCUAGUCGGAAGUAGAAGUGCAGUAUGCGCUGUCGUGUAUAUAAGAGUGUUUAAAUGGAUUAAAAUGUCUAUUAGAUUAUAUGUAUAGAUCUAUUCAGAUGUUUAGAAGAAAAAAAUUCUAAGAAGAUAGAUUUAUUGUUGUCAGAGCUGACCUGAUGACCAAAGCACUGGUCUCAUUUGCCCCGUCAUCAUCUGUAACCAGCUCGCCCCCCUCCGCCCUCCACCUCCGUCAGUCACACAGCUCCGUAGAUAGAAGGCGCUCUCUCCAAGUAGAUUUUUUCAGAGCACUCUUAGAUAGAGCUUUGAUAUGUGCUUGACAGUAAGCAGUGUCUGGAAAUAUAUCUGGUUUUCUUCUGCCCUUAUUUGCAUUCAUGUCGCACUCCACAGCUUCACGUAGGCGCAGCUUUUUGAGGUGACAAACGAAACAUACACAAGUUCUGUGUUCUGUGAACAUUAGCCGUACGGAGGCCGGCACGGGACAAUGCUGCUACAAUCCUGUUCCUGUUUGAACUUCUUUUCAAAACACGUACAGUGGCGUGCCAGGCGGGGUAGAAAAGCACAGUAUUUUUAAAGAUUUGUAUAGAGUUCUAUGAAAUUUUAUAGAGGUUACCUGAACAAAAACUGUUCAACACUGAUGUGUGGAUUGCCAAACAGAAAUACCAUAUAUACGUAGAUGCGAUGUGGAUAUUAUUAAACUUAUGGGUUAUGUAAGAAGCAAUAUUUAUUCUAACUGAAUCUCCUUGGUUGUGUUUUCUUUUGCCAUUUUAAAGUUACAUAUCAUGAUGCAAUCACUUGUCAGUGUUUUAUUAAGCGUUGCCUAAAAUAGAUGCACUCUCUACUGCAGUAGUAAUCAUAUACUUUGGCCAAUCAAGUGACCACUGAACCCAGGCUUUGAAAUCGCCGAGUCUAGGGUUUUUUGUUAAAAAAGACAAAAGUUACAUUUCUAAAAGUAUAUCUGCAGGCCAUGUUGAUAGGAAACUAUAUGAAACGUAUAUAUAUAUAUAUGUGUGUAUGUAUACAUACAGAGAUCCACCAAAAAGAUGUGCGGUGCCUGUUGAUCCCUUCCUGUGGAUCAGUGGGUCACUCAGCACUUUUAUCUGUGGACAUGUAGAGCUGAGUAGAUGUAGUAAUAAUCUUUAAAGAGCAUCACCGUAGCGUGGCGCUUCACCGGGCCGUGUUCACCACAGGCAUGGCUCACUAACCCACUUCCACUCCCCGUCAAAACACUGCUCCCACUCUAUCAUUGUCCAACAUUUGGGUAACUGUUUCUUUUUUAUUUUCUUUUUGAUCAAUUAAGUUCUGUUUUUUUUCCAUGAAUAGAUUUUACUCAUUGAUUAAGUCUUCAUAGAGGCUAAGAUGUUUUCGGUAAUUUGUGCAAAGACUUGUGUUCAUGUUUUCUAUGUUGCUGUAAUUUUGUGCUAUUAAAUCAUCAUAGAGUCAACUAAUUACUGAAAUGAAAAGAGAGAGAAUUUUCCUGUAACUGCACUCUUCCUUCCCCCUCCCCCCUCAAUUCCUCAAAACUUCUUGUAUGGCAACCAAAAUUCACUGUAAGAAAUAAAUAUAAUAUUGCA